CCACCGAGGUGGGCAGCCCCAGCGCGCCUGCGCGGAGCGGCCCUGCGCGCAGUGAGGCAGUGGCGGGGGAAGGCACCGGCGGGGCCGACAGGAGGCUUGAAGGAGGGAAGCGGGCGAGCGGAGUCCCAGCGCGCGCCGCGGCCGCCCGGGCGCCCUCCCCUUCCGGGCGUGAGGCGCUGUGUGGAGCCGAGCGGACCCGCCGCCCCAGCCCGGCCCUGCCCCGGCUCCAGCGCUCCCGUCGCGGGGGCCCGCGUUCCUCAGCACACCCGGCUCCAGGCGCCCCCAAGAGCCUGCCCCCGGCCCUCCGAAAGCCCCGGCGCCGGCCCGGGCCCUCGGCGGGAGGAUGACGGAGCUGCAGUCGGCGCUGCUACUGCGAAGACAGCUGGCAGAACUCAACAAAAAUCCAGUGGAAGGCUUUUCAGCAGGUUUAAUAGAUGACAAUGACCUUUACCGAUGGGAAGUCCUUAUCAUUGGUCCCCCUGACACACUUUAUGAAGGUGGUGUUUUUAAGGCUCAUCUCACUUUCCCAAAAGAUUACCCCCUCCGGCCUCCUAAAAUGAAAUUCAUUACAGAAAUCUGGCACCCAAACGUUGAUAAAAAUGGUGAUGUAUGCAUCUCCAUUCUUCAUGAGCCCGGUGAAGACAAAUACGGGUACGAAAAGCCAGAGGAACGCUGGCUCCCUAUUCACACUGUGGAAACCAUCAUGAUUAGUGUCAUUUCCAUGCUGGCAGACCCCAACGGAGACUCCCCUGCUAACGUGGAUGCUGCGAAAGAAUGGAGGGAAGACAGAAAUGGAGAAUUCAAAAGGAAAGUUGCCCGCUGUGUAAGAAAAAGCCAAGAGACUGCUUUUGAGUGACAUUUAUUCAACAGCUGUGACUUCACUUACUUCAGGAGAGAGCGUAUUUUGUAAGAAACUGCCAAGACCAUUAAACCUCUGCCUUCUUUGUCUUAAUCAGCCUGAAUCUCCCUGUUCGUUACUGCUAGGGCCAGUCAGAAAAAUUUCCUUUUAUUGUGUGCUGUCUGUCCACAGGCUUACCUUACAUCCAGUAAGGGUCCACGAUAGAAGAGGCCACAUGUGGACAGUUGACCAAACGCGUGACAUUCCCGUUAAGCGGUUUCUUUUUUAAUUAAAUGUUGGGGUGGUAAAGUUGCUUAUGAAAUGUGGCGUGUGAAGAAUGACCUGGAACGCUCCACCUACUUGACGAAAGAGGAUUGUGUCAGAACCUCUUCCGCUCCCCGUACCCCUCUUCUGCCCCAGCCUUCUCUUCUGUCCUCCAGUUCACACGUACCGUUGCUUUUCUUUGUAAUUUCAUCAUGUUUGUGUGACCCUGGGCAACGCACCGUAUGACGUUGCUCUGUGUACGUGGGAUUACAACAUGCACGUUCUUUUGGGACUUUUCUUGCUCUGUGUUAUGUUCUUGAAAUUUGUCUGUGUCGGGUGUAGUUAGACUCGUCUGGUUUUCGUCUGCUUGGUAAAGGACCCGUCUGCUCUGUGUGCUCCUUGCAGUUGUGUCGUCCUUUGGGGAGAGGGUUCUCGUUUGUUGGUUUCACUUUGUGUUGGCCGUCACAGGGAGCGUGGCGCACGUCCGUGCUGAGAGCCUCUCUGGGGCGGGUGCGUGGAGUGCGCUUGCUGACUGGCGGGUGUGUGCCCAUCAUUGGACUAGAGAAUGCCAGAUUGUCCCCAAAUGCUGCACCUGUUCAUAGUCUUUUGGCAGGGGUAAGGGUCCCAUUCACUCCGUAUCCCCCCCCCCCCCCCCAGCAUUUGAUCUUCCCGGACCUCUGCAACGUGUUCCGUCUGGAAGGGUGCAGCGCGAGCCCUUGCUCUGGUACGCGCGGCCGGUGCCACAGAGGAAACUCCUGUCUCUGGGCUGUUGUUCUGUUAGGCUCUCGAUUCGUGCAAAGUGCACUUUGUUCGUGGUGUCUGUGGAUGAACAGACGUUCCUGAUGCAGUUGGAUUCGACCUCUCCUGUAUUCCUGUACGGAUUUUCCUUUUUGGGGUCUGGCUUCUCCUCUGCCAUCAGUCAGACAGCUCCCAUUGUAUCUUGUCCUGUAAAAGCCUUCAUAGUUUUGCCUUUGACACGCGUGUUCAAUCCCCUGAAAGUGGUUGGUGUGUGGUGGGAGGCUGGAGUUCAGCUCUGCUCGCCCCCCACCCCCGCCCCCACCAACCCAGGGUAAACCCGCUGGCUGCAUCCAUUGUUGGCCAGCCCUUUCACCACCGACGCUCUGGGGCAGUCGUGCUAGGAGGUGUGUGUUGGUACGUGUCCGACCUUUUUGUGUUUUAUUGGCUGGCUUGUCUUAUCCCUGAACGAGCAUCCCAUUGUCUUAAUUUCUAUUUAUUAUUUUCACAAUGAAACGCAUCAAACGCAAAGGUACAAAUCAGAAGUGAAGCGGACGGGACCCACCACUUGUUCUGGUUCCAUGUUUGAUAAUCCCUAGCUUUUGAAAAGACUCCUCUGUCUUUCGGGUCUCCUUGUAAUAACCUGAAAUGCUGACAAUCAGCCUUACUUCUUUCCGUUACCACCAGGAACAGCAGUGAACUUGCAGUCUUCAAGUUAUUCCUGUUUUCCUCCAGUUUGUUCGUUCUGUGUUGCUUAUGUUUUGUUAAUAAUCCUGUCCUAAUUUCGUUACCAUUAUACCCGACCUUCUCUCCUGUCUACUCAGGGGUCCUACUUUUCUCCUGUUUGGCCUUUGAUUUCCACCGCCUUAAAUCAAGUUCUCGCGCAGGGCCUGCUGUCUCAGUCUCCCGGGAUCGGGCAUCUCUCCUGCUUGCACUUCACGCGUGUGCUUGUGUCCCCACCGUGUCUGUCUUCGGCUCCGCUCAUUGACUGGUGCUUCCGUGGAUGUGACUGUGUCUUUAGGGGUCGCUUACCUGCACUGUUUCUCAGGCACAGAAGAGUUGGACAACGACAAAAAAUUGCAGGCACUGAAGCCCAAGCACACACAUGAUUGCGUCUCGUAAACAGUUCUCCGUAAAUGCAAGAAAUGCCCGAGAGUUUUAUUAUAUUUACCUUGGUAGUAUAUUGCCAAUUAGUUAAGUAAAUAGUAAUGGUGUGUCACAAAUUUCCUAACGGGAUUACUUAUUCUUCGCUGGUGGGAUUAGAGUUAAUUUAUAGUGGAUUGUAACGUACACAUGUGUUUAAAGUGUACGUACCAAGACUAAAGUUCAUUUAUCAAGAACAUGGCGGCAGGAAAUACGUUGAAUCAGAAUGCCUCAUUGUAAAGAAUAGGUUAGUUGAAAACCAGUGUGAACUCCUGUGAAUGAUGACACUAAACUGAGAGCUUAGAGUUAAAGAGGAAGGAAGCGAUAGUUGGAAGUCUUGACCAACACAGGUCAGCACUGUUCACACGUCGGUGACAAAACACCCUUGUUAAAUGUCACGGGUCCUCCAGGUGCAUUCACGCAGGUGGUAAUGGCUUUGCACUGUUGCAGAGGCCAGGGCAGCUGCAGCCCUUGGUAGGGCGAGCACGUGAGCGGGGAGGAGGGAGAGAGAGGGAGAGAGAGAGAAUAAGCAGGCUCUAUGCUGUCGGGGGGGAGCCCGACAAGGGGCUCGAUCCCACAAACUGUGAGAUAACGUCCUGAGCUGAAGUCAAGAGUCAGACUCUGAACCGUCUGAGCCUCUCAGGUGCCCCAAUAAACCAGAGUUUUAAUAAAAUUACUACACUGCUUUUAUGAAUGAGGAAUUGUAGUUACGAUCCCUAACUUCUUACCUUACCGUUUAAGCUCAGGCUUUUGUGUAAAAAAGUUGUAGCCCUUGAGGCGUGUGUCUUUCGUUGAUACGAAUGGAAUAAAGGGAUUUGUGUUUUGUUGUCA